AUGUCUUCGGCACAGGCUGUUUUCAGGGCUUUCAAGCUCCAGGGACUAGGCCUUCGAGCUGAUGCUGCGAGAGCCAUCGUACGAGUUGUGGAACGGGAGGAAGGUGCCGAUGAAGCGGUUCAGGCCAUCAUCCGAUCAGUCAAGGCCCGCAUCGAGCGGAACGAGCUGUCCAGCAACGUGGUGGACGUGGACACCGUGUCCGCCGUCGUGGCCGACCUCACCAGCAGAGAGCAAGACCUGGCGGACAGCAGCACCCAGAUGCAGAACGCCUUCGUCCGGCCCCGCCUCUACUUCGACCCCGUGCGCAACACGCUCCUACUGGAGGAUGCCGGGACAAGAAAACGCAGCAUGCACGGGCCAGCAGAGAGCAAGGCGCGCAUGUACCGAGAGCGUUUCUUGAUGGUCCGACAGAGGGUGCAACGUCACGACCUUUUCCGGCCUCCCAUCAUAGAGUCUUCUCGGCGAGAGUACAUCAAGCUCUCCCCGCUAGACUCUCUAGUGGGCAGUGCGGACCUCCGCUGGCUGCUUGGCAUGCUCACGCAACCGGAGGAAGGGAAGUAUUUCCUGGAGGACGAGGUCACGAGGCUACCGCUCGACCUCUCCAACGCGCACAAGACGGAGGGUCUCUUCACCGAGCACUGCGUCGUCAUCGUCGAGGGGAAGAUGACCGCAGGGGUGUUUCAGGUGGCAAUGGUGGGAUUCCCACCCAUUGAGGCAAGGGAAGACUCGUUAAGAGCGCUGGGCCGUGCAGAUCUCUUUGGGACAGGGGUCAACCCCCAGCAGAUGGAGCGCAUGCGGCAACUCGAGCUCAAGGCUACGGAUGCCAUGUUCGUGAUCGUCUCAGACGUAAACCUUGAUAAACCACAGGUGAUGGAAAAGCUGGAGGCGUUGUUCGACGGGUUCCAGUACGCCCAGCCCCCCCCGCAUUUCGUGCUCAUGGGCAACUUCUGCUCCUCGCCCAUUACCCACGCGGCAGACAGCGUAGCGCAGGCCGUGGCAAGGUUCGACUCGCUCUGCAAGCUCAUCCUCAAGUUUCCCGACCUUGCUUCGUCGGCCAAGUUCGUCUUCGUCCCGGGCCCGCAAGACCCGGGGGCAGGGGACACUUUGCCAAGACCCCCGCUCCCCGCCUACUUCACCCAGUCUCUUCGGGAGAACCUGAAGCACGCCUCCUUCGCCACAAACCCCUGCCGGCUAAGGUUUUUCACCCAGGAGAUGGUGUUCUUCCGGGAUGACAUCCUCAAGAAGAUGCAGCGGCACGCCUUGUUCCCUCCCUCAGAUCCCGACAUGGACGUCACCGAGCAUUGCACCAAGACGCUACUUCACCAAGGGCACCUAUGUCCGCUCCCGCUCUCGGCGAGGCCGAUCCACUGGGAGCUGGACGACGCCCUGUCUCUUUACCCGCUCCCGCACGUGGCCGUGCUUGCGGACAGGACCGAGCAGUACCGAUGGUUGCUCAACGACUGCUGCUCGCUCAACCCAGGCUCCUUCCCCAGCGACUCCUCCUUUGUGGUGUACCGGCCCGCGACGCGGACCGUCGAGUUCAGCCACGUGGACUGACCUACCAUGCCACGACCAUUCAUUCACCAUGACCAUGACCAUCGGCUGGUUUUACGGGGUGACGACGGCGGCGGCGGCCAUGUGUGACUCGAAUUCUCUUGCGUCGUGUGCUUGCUGUUGUUGUUUCAGGACUUGAACAGAUGCAUACAAUAUAUGUUGCCGACGCUCACCGCGUUGCCUCUCUCGUGAAAUGGGGGGCGUCCGUCUCCCCAUGGUGUAUCGACAAGCUUGCCGAGUCGUUGGUGUCAUUGUCUUCGCACUGAAAAGAAAAGUGCUGUUGUCGUUGUUGUCUUCGCAUUUUAAGAAUAAUCCGCUCUGGUCUCUGCUCAGCACCUUCUAACAUCGGUACCGCUCCACAGAUGACGCGGACGGUGUGGUCACCGGGCAACUACAGCAGCUAGCUCCCAAAAAAGUUACACACCAAAGCACACAAUGCUCCUUGAAUAUUUGAAGCG